GGCCGAUGCCCCAGCUCCCAGGCCCUUAGCUCGGGCCGGCGUUGUCUCUGCGCUCCGAUCCGGCAAUGGGGGACCAAGCCGCCCUGGCAAGACCCGACUCCGGGAUCGGGCACACCCCGAACUCUUUCUCUUUUUACUACCAGCACGGCGGCGCGCCCAGCGGGCUUCCCACCCAGGGCUACGGGCAACUGGGAACGGGCCUGGAGCGGGACCCCGGGGCCAGCUCCCCUUCCUCCCAGUACACGCUGGAAACCAGCAGCCCCGGCGCCAAAGACAGGCCGUUCUCCUGGGGCCUCUCCUUGAGCACCAGCCCGGCGGGAGAGGAGGAUCCAGCGACGGGGUCCCGGAACGGGUUCGGUUCCGGGGGCUUUCAGAAACUGGACUCCUUUUCCGAGGCGUUCGCCGGCAGCCGUUUGGCCGCCCAGCUGGCGUCGCCCCCCGCAGGCUUAGCGGGGAACUGCGGCUUGAGGCAACCGGGUUGCGUUCAGAAGAGGGGGCAGUUCGGGGGGCAACAAGCAUUGGCGUACCCCCCCCAGCAGCAGCAGCAGCAGCAGCAGCAAGCACAGGGGAUGCAGUACGGCUACCUGCAACAGCCAGUCCUGCACCAGACGCAGCCCCGCGCAUUCCCGCAGCCUGCAGCCGUGCAUUACCAGCUGCAGGAGCAGUGGUCGCAUUACUGCGGGAGAGCCACGCAAGCCUCCCACGGCCACGCAGGGGAGCAGGGCUGCAGGACUGUCUAUCCAGCCCAGAUUCAAGGGAAGGUGUCUGCGGUCUACUGCAGCCCCGGGGCAGGCAGUGCUGCAGCCGGGCAGCUCCUGUACUCCCAGGAGCCCGGCUACCCCCAGCAGGAGACGAGGAGGGAGAGAGCGGAGCAUGAGGGCUUCAGGACCACAGUAGAUCAACACUGUCUUCAGUCCAUCACUGGCUCCUCCUCCAUCCAUUACCCACGAUCCUGUGUGGUCGGGCACCAGACCUCCUUCGAGACCGAAGAGGAGCUCCUCCCUUCCGACCCGGGCGACCCCUGCAGCCAGGGUCUGUAUUGGCAACAGGAGGAUGGAGAGAGGACUGCCACGGCCUCCUACCUGCAUCCUGCCCCCUUCAGCCCCUUCCUGGGACCCUACAGGCUGGCUCAGGGGCCCCCCAGGCAGGGCAGCCAGACCGGCCGUGCAUCCGUCCAGACACCCCUGGGACUGGAGAUCAAACAGGAGGAAUCCACCGGCAGCCCCCAGACCCCCGUCUACAACGGCGCUCCGUACCCCAGUCACCUCCGUCAGGACACGGCCGUUCUGGAGGACCGGUUCGCUCCCAGUGCCUCCCAGUCCUCCCAUUACACACCUCCCCCCAUGCUCAACCCCCUGCGCAGAGGGACCGGGCUGUUUGCGAACCUCGCGCCACUCCCCUCCACGAGGCAGGACCCUCUGAACCCAUAUCAUCCCCAGGACUGCAUGUUUGAUGAGGACCCCUCUCUCCACACUGUCCCCAUCAGGCUCCCGCAGAUCAACAUUGGUCCACAGUUCCAAGCCUCUCUCCCGGAGCUGAGGGAGGGUCAGGGAUCCUUGAGAGGGGAGGAGGAGGAGUCAGGCAGGGUGGAGUGGGCGUGGCACGAGGAGGAGGAGCCUGACAGGGCGGAGCAGGCGUGGCACGAGGAGGAGGAGGCGGAGCCAGACAGGGCGGAGCUGGUGUGGCAGCCCUGGACAGAGCUGCAGGACAGCGCCAGGGAGCAGACACGAGUUGAAGACCUCCUCAAUCUCGCCUGCUCCGGCUGUCUGCCUGGAGGUGGGACGAACCGAGAGCUAGCCCUGCACUGCCUGUCCCAAACCAGGGGGGACGUCCUGGCUGCACUGGAGGUGAUCCUCCUGGGGACCCCUUUCACACAGAGACCACCCUCGCUGACGGACUAUCAUUACACAGGCAGUGAUGUUUGGACAGCGAACGAGCGCCGGCUUUUCAACAAGGCUUUCUCAACACACAGCAAGAACUUCAGCAUGAUCCAGAAAACAGUGAAGUCAAAGCGAGUGUCGCAGUGCGUGGAGUUUUAUUAUCUCUCCAGGAAAGGGCUGGAGCACCAGAAGAAACUGAGAGGAGCGCUGGAGAGAGAGGAGGGGUGGAGCGGACAGGGGUUCAAACAGGAGGCAGGGGAGAGCAUGGUGUUCCCCUGCUCUCAGCCAAUGAAAAUCCAGCCUGCGGUGGAAGGGGUGGAGCCUAGCCCCCCAGUGGCCAGCAACUUCCCCUGCAAGCAGUGUGGCAAGAUGUUCUACAAGAUCAAGAGCCGAAACGCCCACAUGAAGAUCCACCGCCAGCAGGAGGACUGGAGAGAGCGAGCGGGAGACAGCAGCGUUCCCAGCAUCCCCAGCAUCCCCACCGUCGAGUCCUUCCUGGGCCGGGCGGCUGGCCCCCUGGCUCUCUACUCCAGCCUGUGGGACAGCCGGGAGGUCCUGGAGUCUUUUGACCUGGGUGGGCCGACCCCUUGACCUGUACCAGCCUGCCCCCCCCAAACUCAUGGCGGGCGAGGAGGGCAACGCUAGGGGAGCCAACGCCAAACGCCAACGCCUUCCUGCGAGCCAGGACUGGGGGCAAAUAUUGACAGCAGCUUAAAAAAAGUCACAGGGUUCUGAAAAAAUAUAGCGCGACGCGUCCCCACGCGUUGCUACAACUGUGCCCGUAGUUUCUCUUUUCACUGUUAACGUCCUGACAUCUUAUAACUUUAAAGUCUGUUUCAAAGCUCUUUUUAAAAUGUCCGCUCUAGUGCACUGAUAGAGUCAGGAUUAUUGCGCACCCUGUCAAACAGAUAACGCAGCGAUAAUGAUCCACGAUGCGGUGUGGAACAGAAAAGAGCACUUCCUGUUAUGGGCUUUUGUUUUUGGUUUUCUACCUGCAGUGAUUUCGAGGACAGAUCUCAAACCCCAGUGCACCGGAGCGGACAUUUUGAAAAGAGCUUUGAAACAGACUUUAAGGUUAUAAGCGUAAAAAGCUGUCAGGAUGUGAACAAUGAAAAGAAAAAACGACAGGUGUGUUAUUUAAACAGGUGUAGCCACACGCGGGGGACGCGUCCCGCUGUAAUUUUCUGAACCCCAAGGGAAACGUUUCCACUAGACCAAGUCUAACCAUUACUGUGUAACUUUUAAAAAAAUAGGAGUGUUAAAAGAUAUUUUGAAAAUAUGCAGCAUGUGCCUUUUUUUUUUCAAAACCGCUAAAUUUAUACA